CCAUGAUGCAAACCCGGAGGUGAAGCCGCAUUCGAAGCUGUCCUGCCGGCAGGCUGAGCCGGCGGCCAAACCAUGUUCCGCCAGGCGCGUCUCGGUCCAAUCAAAUUUCAAGUCGGUGAACUUGUUUCGAGUUGACUCACAAGUAGCCCAAAGUCACAAAAGAUCUAGGUCUAGAUUCUAGUCUAAUAAGCAUUCACCCUCUUGAUAAGGCGCAGAGAGGUUCGCAGUCACGUACGUUACACAUAUACACACACACUCACAAGUGGUAUUUUCCGAAAAAAGCCAAUCUGCGCCAACAAUUCUCCCAAAAAUUCACCCAACUCCACCCAAAAAAUGUACUCCACCAAUCCAGACCUCGACAAAGCCCUCUCCUCCAUCACGGGCAGCAACCGCGCACUCGAAACCCUCGCGCGCCUGCACGAACAAGCGCUGGCGGAGCCGCCCUUUGUCAGCACGGACGCGCGCGCCUCCGAGACGGAGACGCGCGAGGAGGCGCUGCGGCGACACACGCGGGAGCUGUUCGUCGCGCUGGACCCGGACAAGGCGGCGCUGGCGUACCUGCUGGUGCGGGGUUCGGGGGCGCGUUGCGUGGUGGAGGCGGGGACCAGCUUUGGCGUCUCGACCAUCUGGCUCGCGCUGGCGGUCGGGCAGAACGCCGGCGACGACGCGGGGGUUGCGAGGGUGAUUGCCACGGAGAACGAGCCGGAAAAGGCGGCGAGGGCGAGGGAGAAUUGGGCCGCUGCUGGUGAGGAUGUGGCGAGGUGGAUUGAGCUGAGGGAGGGUGACAUCUUGGAGACGCUCAAGCAGGGUCUGCCACGGGUGGAUCUUUUGCUUCUCGACAUCUGGACACCGCUGGCCCUUCCGACUCUCAAGCUGGUACAGCCAAUGAUGAAAAAGGGUGCCAUGGUCAUUGUGGACAAUAUCGAGGAUGCCAAGUCGGGCUAUCGCGAUCUCCUGGAUUAUGUCGAUCAGCCGGACAGUGGGUUCAAUAUGACAGUUUUGCCGUACAAUGGCGGGCUAGGCCUGCUUGUGUACACGGGGUCCAAGUAAGGAUGGAGUUUGACGGCCCAUCAUCGCCUGCGAGGUUCGAAAUGUGAACCUAUUAUCAAUUAUCCCGUCAAAAGCUCAUCACUUUCUCGCAUGCAUUUGACCAAGGGGUUACCCAAAGGUUUCGGUUAUAUUUAUGUUUGUAUAUAUAUGCUCUCACUGGCAGCUAAACCAGUCAGUUUUCUGCAACAAAGAAAACCUAGUAGUAUCCUACAAGACAAAAUCUCUCAAAACCAUCGAUGUUUCAAGACAUUAAGCCAC